CUGAACCGAAUCUCCCAUAAAACUAACCAAAGCAACUUCUCAAGUCCAGUUGAACACCAAAACUAAUACAUCCUUCCAUAAUAUCCAUCUGCUGAUCUACAUCAAUCAGAAGAGUUUCCAGUUUGUUGCUUUCAAGUUGCUUUCAAGUUUUUUUCAAGUUUCUUGCUUCAAGAUGAUCAUGAUGAACCAUGUGAUGCGAAUGCCUCCUCAGGCAGUUGGCAAUGACAAUGGCGAAGCAGUAGUACCGGUAGUGGCACCCCCACCGGCAGCACUGCAUCGGUUUUCCAGUGGAUCCAAGAGCGACCAAGAUCAUGCGCCUGAAGUUCCUCGCUUUCCAAGAUCUUUAACUUCAUCCGUUUGUUCUCCCAGUUGCUGCAAUGGCACGACUACUACCAUCACCACUACCGCUACUAUACGCUCAGCUGACCUGAUGUUUGGCCAGACCUACGGAACACGCCGGACUAGAACCAGUCUAUUGAUGGACGAAGACAGUGGCCACAGUCAGCCAGAACAAGAAGAAGACGUGAACAUUCGCAGGUACAUGAGCAUCAGCAGAUCCAUGCAAGACACUAGUAACACUAUACUAGAUGCUUACAUGAUGGCUGGUCAAGCCAAUGCUACCAGCAGCACAUGCAUGACUCUGUCACCCCCGCAGUUUACGUCACGUCGCUCGGCGGAUUUCAUCCCUUCAACACCCAAACGAAGGUGCUCCCGAUACGACGAAGAUGAAGAUGACAACGACGAGGACUAUCAACUCCCAUUGUUUGAUGGCAAGAAGAAGCAAUACAAGAGAUGGUUUUCGGAUGCCUCCAAGACCAACCAUAACCGAUCCUCCACCUUGGCAUCUUGCUGCUUGAUGGGUUCUGCUGAUUCAAGCUGCCCACCACCUCCUGCCAUGGCCCGGGUCACGCAAUCAGAAGACCUUCGUGCCUACGACAGGCGUGAAGCAUUGAGGUGUCCUCAGAGACAACGAUCCAGAGAAAAUCUAAUGCAGCAACCAAACAUCCAUGCGCAUCUCAACUUGCCGCCGUGUCUGCCACCCGUGCCGACCACGACUCUGGCAAGGGCUACUCAGUCCGAAGACUUGCGAGCAUACUACCACGGCCGCAAACAAAGCACGCUCACAUUGCUGCCACCAGGAAGACGCCCUUCCUUGAAUACUACUAGUACGGAGACAAACAAGACGCCCAACAUGACCGAGCCCCAAGAAGCAGCAAGGGAUCACAGAAUUGUUGGCGGCAGAAAAGUCAAAAACUCCAUCUUGACCAAUGCCUUGCCCAAGACGAAGUUCACACCACAAAAGUCCCCGUCACAGGAGUGCCUGAGUGUCAUUCACUCCAUGCACACAUCGACUGCUCUGGAGCAAGAUUCAACAGUGGCGCCAGAAUUAUUAGUGGACAGCAAACACAACGUUCGUCGUCGCAGCAGCAGCAGCAGCAGAGUCCCUGAUGAGGAGGAGCAACGCAAGUCUCCUCCUGUUGUUCCCUACAUGAUUAUUGAUACUACUACAGUCCCCGACAGCUUGCUCCACUCGAACAACACACAUGGUUCUACUAGUAGAUCAUGCAGCAGUCGACGAAGCAGUAUCAGCAGUGUCAGUACCCACACCAGUCAUGGUACUAGCAGCAGUGGAAGCAGCAGCAUCAGUAGUAGUAGUAGUAGUGGAGGAAGCAGCAUCAGCUCCAAGAGUUGGUGCCAAAGUCCCGUCAGCGAACGUAGUCGAACGCGGCCGCUUGGAUUGGCACUCUCGCAGCCACUGGCAAUGCAAUCCGAACGCACAAGGUCUAGAUGGUGUCACUAACUAGGAGCUAAUAGCCUAGCUAGGUUAUCCCCCCAAAGAUAAAGGAAACUACUGUACUAGUAGCUAUUAAUACUAGCCUUCAAA